AUGAUGACCGAAAAUAGAAUUAGUUCAAGUAAUCACGUCGGAAACAGUUUAAAUAAUCAGAAAGGAGAUGUCGAUAAAACGGUUGACGACAUUGGAUGGAAAUCAAAAUUAAAACUACCCCCUAAAGAUAGAAGAAUAAAAACUAGUGAUGUAACAGACACAAGAGGAAAUGAGUUUGAAGAGUUUUGCCUUAAGAGAGAAAUCCUUAUGGGUAUUUUCGAAAAGGGAUGGGAAAAGCCAUCCCCCAUUCAAGAGGCUUCAAUACCCAUUGCUCUCAGUGGUAAAGAUGUACUCGCAAGGGCCAAAAAUGGAACCGGCAAAACAGGCGCAUAUUGUAUUCCAGUCUUAGAACAGGUUGAUCCAAAAAAAGAUUGUAUUCAAGCUUUAAUUGUGGUACCAACUCGAGAGCUAGCCUUACAGACAUCACAAAUCUGCAUUGAACUAGCAAAACACACAGAUAUACGUGUAAUGGUCACUACAGGAGGCACAAACCUCAGGGAUGAUAUUAUGCGUAUAUAUCAAAAUGUUCAAGUAAUAAUUGCCACACCUGGGCGAAUGAUUGAUCUCAUGGAUAAACAAGUAGCCAAAAUGGACCAGUGCCGGAUGUUGGUAUUAGAUGAGGCAGACAAACUUCUUUCUCAAGACUUUAAAGGCAUGUUAGAUAUGGUUAUCUCAAGAUUACCAAAAGAACGCCAAAUCUUGCUAUUCUCUGCAACCUUUCCAUUAAGUGUGAAGCAGUUUAUGGAGAAGCAUCUCCGAGAACCAUAUGAGAUUAACCUUAUGGAAGAGUUGACACUAAAGGGAGUUACACAGUACUAUGCUUUCGUACAAGAGAGACAAAAAGUGCACUGUUUAAAUACCCUCUUUUCAAAGUUGCAAAUAAAUCAAUCUAUUAUAUUCUGCAAUUCCACCCAACGUGUAGAAUUACUUGCAAAGAAAAUCACAGAGCUGGGUUACUGUUGCUAUUACAUCCACGCGCGCAUGGCGCAAGCUCACCGCAAUCGUGUGUUUCACGACUUCCGCGCGGGGCUGUGUCGCAACUUGGUGUGCUCGGACCUCUUUACGAGAGGCAUCGACGUGCAGGCGGUGAACGUGGUCAUAAACUUUGAUUUCCCACGGAUGGCGGAGACGUACCUGCACCGCAUCGGUCGCUCGGGCCGGUUCGGGCACCUGGGUAUCGCCAUCAAUCUAAUAACAUACGAGGACCGCUUCGCCCUGCACCGCAUCGAGCAGGAGCUGGGCACGGAGAUCAAGCCGAUCCCGAAAGUCAUCGACCCGGCGCUGUACGUGGCGCGCUCGGUCGAGGAGGACGACGGCGCGGACAAGUAACGCUCUGCCGCCCGUCGCCCGUCCCGCCGCUAAACCUGGACUUACCUACUGGUGUAUGGAUUAGUUUAAACUGCAAAAACAAAAACUUAUUUGUAAAAAGUGUAAUGAAUUUUAUUGUAACAAAAUGUGCGUGUAUAUAGUUUAUCGUGGAUUAAGACUUGAACCUGCUAGAGGGUUACUUUUUUAAAGUGUAUAUAAACAAACAUCAGGACUUGUGAAAGGCACCCAGACGCUCUUUGUCCAUAUUGGAUUCUGUGCGUGGUUUCCUAUGAUUGUUAAAAAGUAAAAUAUUUAUCUGAACACUAUUUGAGUGAAAGUCUAUCUAGAUUUGUAUGUGGAUUUUGAAGAAAUUGUGGUAGACUUUCAACAUUAAAAAUUUAGUCCUACCCAUAUAUUACACAUAUUUGAGCUAGCACUGGUUUGAUUUUAUGUUGUUAAAAUAUUAAAAGUAACUUUCCGAUGUAUGGGUAGAUUUUAGUCUAGCUCAAAUGUACAAUUUUAAAAAUAUGUAUAGAUUUCUGAAAACAGUGUCAAAUGCGUUGUUGUUGACCGCUUGAAACAACGUCUAUUAUAUCAAGUCGUUACUUUAUUCAAAACCAGGUUAAAACAGAGUAUUGAAAAGAAAUUAUCAAUUUUAUUUAUAAGCUGGUGUAAACAUUUUGUGUUGUCUUAACCUGGUACUGCUAUUUUGUGCUUCCUUUCCAUUGUUAAUAUUAUUAUUUAAAAGCGGAUAAAGUCACAGCUU